GUCGGAGGGAUACUGCAGACACCACUAUUGUUGGGAACAUCACCUGCAGUUUACUUGCUUUGACUCGUCUUAAACUUCUCUCUGCUGCAAUGAGAACCUGCGUCGCCGCUGUUCUUCUCGCUCUUGUCACCUUCGCAAUCCUCACUUCCGCUGCUCCAGCGGGAGGAGAGGAUGAGCACGGCGACCGGCACGUGCGAGUCACGUGCGACCUGCUGAGCGCCUUCGGCGUGGAGGACUCUGCGUGCGCCGCGCGCUGCAUCGCCAUGAACAAAGGCUACAAGGGCGGCCACUGCGAGGACGGCGUCUGCCACUGCCGCAAGUAGCGGCGGACCGCGACUCUCCCGUCUCCAGCGACACGGCGGCACGCCCUCACUGCCGUCCAGUGUACAUACACGUUCUCAAUAAAGUUCCCUAUCCAAUUAAGCAUAAA